AUGGCUCCACCGAAAAAGAAAAGUAAGAAUGCGGUAGAUCCCACAUGGAACCACUGUGUACGUGCUACUGAGCUAACAGAUCCUGAAGUUGUUGAUAACACUAGACUAAAACUAGUGUGCAAUUAUUGUGGUAAGACAUUGUCCGGUGGUGUGAGUAGAAUGAAGCACCACUUAGCUCGUACCCAUCAUAAUGCAAAACCUUGUGAAAAAGUUUCAGAAGAUGUUACAAAUAUGUUUCUAAAAAUAUUGGGAGAGUUGAAACAAAGAAAUUGCAUUGAGCAAGAUGAUGUGGAUUGCUUUGAUGAGGUGGAAAAUGUGAUAUCUAAAAGAGGAAGUAUGGAUCAAUAUGUAAGCAAAACAAAGGCGAAACAAGUCACUUUGCCUUCUAUGUUGAAGGAUCGAACAAAACCAUGUGUUGACAUAUGUAGAAUGAUAUAUGCAGAGGCUUUGCCCUUUAGCUUGGUUAAGAGUUCAUGGUUUCACACCGCCGUACAAUCAAUUGGGGAAUAUGGCAAGGGUUUGAAACCUCCUUCAUAUCAUGAGGUUAGAGUCACAUUCUUGAAGAAAGAGGUUGAUAAUGUGCAUUCAACUUUAGACAAGUACAAAAGUGAGUGGAAGAAAACGGGUUGUUCUUUGAUGUCGGAUGGAUGGCAAGAUGGGUGUGGACGUUCUAUCACUAAUUUUCUUGUUAAUAGUCCAAAGGGAACCGUUUUCCUAAAAUCAUUGGAUACCUCCUCAAUUAUCAAGAAUGGUGUUGCUUUGUUUGAGUUGCUUGAUAAUUUUGUUGAGGAAAUUGGUGAAGAAAAUGUAAUACAAGUAGUGACCGAUAGUGCAUCCGCUUUUGUCCUUGCCGGUGAGUUGCUAAUGGACAAGAGGAAAAAACUUAUUUGGUCUCCAUGUGCGGCUCAUUGCAUUGAUUUGAUGCUUAAAGAUAUUGGUAGGCUACCGGUGCAUCAUGACACAAUCACCAAAGCAAAGACACUCACUGUUUAUAUCUACCGACAUACUUGGGUGCUUAAUUUGAUGAGGAAGCAUACAAAGAAUCAUAACUUAGCAAGGCCCGCCGUGACAAGAUUUGCCACCGCUUACCUCACUUUGAAAAGUAUCUUGACUCAAAGAAAUGGGCUUAGAGCCAUGUUUACUUCUUCGGCUUGGUGUAAGAGUUCUUAUGCCAAGACUCGUAACGGGUUAGAUGUCCAACAAAUAGUGUUGGAUGCUAAGUUUUGGAAUGCAAUUAGGUAUUGCUUGAAAGGUGUACUUCCCUUGGUUAAAGUCCUAAGACUAGUUGAUGGUGAUGCAAAGCCCGCCAUGGGUUAUAUUUAUGAAGCAAUGGAUAGGGCAAAAGAACAAAUUGAAAAAAAUUUCAACAAAGUGAAAAGAAGAUAUGCUGCGAUUUGGAAGAUUGUUGAUGAGCGUUGGGCAUUGCAACUUCAUCGACCUCUUCAUGCGGCGGCUUAUUUUCUUAAUCCUAGGUUUCAUUAUGAUGCUUCAUUUGAGGCGGAUGAGGAAGUGAGAUUGGGAUUGUACACGGUCAUAGAAAGGAUGUAUCCGGGUAUCCAAGCAAGAUUAAAACUUGAUGCCCAAAUGGACAAAUUCCAUAACGCCGUUGGUAUGUUUGGCAUUGAUAUGGCCGUUAUAACUAGAGAGAAGAAACAACCGGGACUAUGGUGGGAGAGCUAUGGAGGUAGUUGCAAAGAACUCCAAGAGUUAGCCACGAGAGUUCUAUCCCUCACAUGUAGUGCUACCGGGUGUGAAAGAAAUUGGAGUACCUUUCAACACAUCCAUUCAAAGAAAAGGAACCGGUUAGAAGCACAAAGAUUGAAUGCAUUAGUCUUUGUUAAGUACAAUCUCACUUUGGAGUUGAGGCAAAAGAAACGAGAGGAGAAUGGUGAUGCUUACGAUCCUAUUUGUCUCUCCGAUAUGGAAUCCGAUGACGAAUGGAUUACCGAAAGAGAAGACCCAUGCUUACCACUAGACCCUUCAUGGAUGGAUAUGAAUGAGUGCUUUGAAGUUAAUGAGGGAGAAACUAGUAGAAAAGGAAGUAGAGGACCAAGAAACCUUCAAAAUGACAGAAAAGGCAAAAGGAAGUUUGUUGGAGAAGAGAAUGAGGUUGAAGUUAUUGAUGAUGAUGUAGAGGAAGAAAUAGAGGAAGAAGAAGAAUAUAUUGGUGAUGAUGGGGUGGUGCUUGGGGAUGACCUUGAAGAUGAUGAUGAUCUUUACGACAUUACCGUGAGAGAGGAAUAGGAGAUUUGAGCAAAAAGACAAACUUGAUAUGUUUGGUUUACUUGUUACUUUUGACUUUUGAGCUUUUAAGUUGGCACAUUAGUAGUAAAUGGUUAUGAAUCAUGCAAUUAAGGUGGAUAGAGGAUGUCAGUCUCUAAUACUUGAUCUUUUGGUACACCUUACUCUUUUGGAACACUUUAGAUGGCCUAAGAUGUGUUAUUUUGCAUCCUAAAUGCUUUUCUUUUUCAUAUGUCCUAUCAAUUUGUAGUUUAUUGCAAUGUAUUUAUGAUUAAUUAGUGUAAAUUAACUUUUGUUACCGUAUCUUACGAUACUCGAUAUGUAUCCCGAUACGAUACGAAAAAUCAUAAAACCGAUACACGAUACGUAUCCCGAUUUGAAAACCUUG